UUGAAAUCUAUAUUUCAGGUGGUUGGUUUCGCUCAAUGGAUCGCUGUUUCACGUGGUGGUUGGUACAAGCCAAAAGACGGCGACAAAGAAAUUUGCAUUUACGCUAACAGUUCAACCACUUGUUCUUUUGCUUCAGCCAUGGGUUUCUUUGCCAUCCUCAGCGCAGUGGGUUUAUUGUUUUUGGAUGCCAAAUUCGAAAAGAUUAGUUCGGUACCAACAAGGAAGCGAGCUGUUACUGCUGAUAUGAUACUUUCUGCAGUACUAGCAUUCUUAUUUUUGAUCACGUUUUUUUCGCUGUGGUUGAAAUAUGGCGACGUGCAACUGGAACAACCAUUCGAAGGUGGCACUGCCAAAAGCGCCAUCAUUUUCGCUCUCCUUUCAACAGUUGCUUGGGUAAAACUUCUUAGUCUUCACUGCCACACAGCAUUCAACAUUGAAACAGCGUAG